AUGAGGACCGUCAGAGCGCUCUUCUCCGGGCUGCUAGCCGCUAGCCAUGCCGCAGCCUUCUUCAAAAUACCUUGCACGAGGCCCGUGGUAGUAGAACGUGCCGAUCCCAUCGUCAACCCCGGGGCGCUGUCUGGACAUGCCCAUACUGUCAUGGGUGGCAGUGGCUUUGACUUCAGCAUGACAUACGAGAAAGCUCGCGCAUCUACCUGCUCAACUUGCAAGGUGACUGCCGACCUGAGCAAUUAUUGGACUCCGAACCUCUAUUACCGCGGCCAAGACGGCAAGUUCACAAGCGUCAACCAAGCAGGGGGCAUGCUCAUAUACUACCUGCUGAGGUCAGACCCGAAAGACCCAGAAUACAGCAACGGCCUCCUUGCGUUUCCCAAGGGAUUCCGUAUGCUGGCUGGUGACCCAAGACUACGAAGUUUCAACAGCAGCAGUGUUGAGCAGAAAGGCAUCUCCUAUGUUUGCCUAGGGAAUAGCGGUCCUCAGACGAACGAGUUUCCGAAUCGGAAUUGUCCUGAUGGACUUCGUGUUCAAAUCGUCUUCCCCUCGUGCUGGGACGGCGUCAAUGUCGAUUCCCAAGACCACAAGAGCCACAUGGCUUACCCCAGCGGCGUCAGCACCGGACGAUGCCCCGCGUCUCAUCCAAAGAGAUUUGUAACUCUCUUUUACGAGAUCAUCUUCCAAGUAAACGACUUCAAAGACAAGUGGUAUGGCGACGGUCAACCUUUCGUUCUUUCCAACGGCGAUCCCACCGGCUACGGUCUCCACGGCGAUUUCCUGAACGGAUGGGACAUCCCGGUGCUUCAGUCUGCCAUCAAGACAUGCACAGAUGACAGCGGCGUACUCGAAAAGUGUGGCGUCUUUCAGUUCUUCGACGACGAGACGAGGAAAGGCUGCAGAGUACCCGUCAAGGUCAACGAGCCAGUGUCUGGGCAGCUCAGCGCUCUUCCCGGCUGCAAUCCUGUCCAGCCUGGCCCAGCAAACGCCCAGCCGCAGUCAGGAUGCGGCGCAACGACUCAGAUCUCGCAACCUCAAUGGAGAUACAAAGACGUGACGAGCACGCUAAAGUACAAGUAUCUUGGUUGUGCCCGGGACCCUUCAGGUCAAGGCCGGACACUUUCGGCAAGGAAGACCUCAGACACGAUGACCGUCGAGUUCUGCGUCAAAUACUGCAACGACCAAGGGUACCAGUACGCCGGUUUGGAGUACGCCAAGGAAUGUUGGUGCGGGAACUCCGUAGCCGCAGACCGUAUGCCCAAAAAGGGUCUCCUCGGCAGUUGCGAGAUGCCGUGUCCUGGAAGCACGGCGGAUAUGUGUGGUGGGUAUGCAGCUCUCUCACUCUACCAGAAGUGCAAUGGCACUUGCGAGAAUGCGGCAUUGAUGUAA